AUGGCGGAACAAUGCAAGCCUAUCCACGGGGACCACGACCCGUCGCGAGCGUGGCACGACCCGGACGGCCAAGCGGCGCCCCUGGAAGCCGAGCCUGAGGAUGCCGACGACGAUGCUUUUUCCGACUUCUCCGAUGAGGCAUCGCAGACCGAGAGCCUCCGGUCUUCAAUUUUUGAAUACGUCUACGAGAACGGCCGGACGUACCAUUCCUACCGCGCCGGCCAGUACCUGCUCCCAAAUGACGAGCUGGAACAAGAGCGCCUGGACUUGACUCACCAUGUGUUCCUGCUCACGCUCGACGGGGCCCCGUGCGUCACCCAACUGCACGAUCCCCAUUCGAUCUUGGACCUGGGGACGGGGACCGGCAUGUGGGCAAUCACAAUGGGCGAUCUGUAUCCAUCUGCAGAGGUCAUUGGAACCGAUCUGAGUCCCAUACAAUCCGAAUGGGUCCCGCCAAACGUCAAGUUCGAAAUCGACGACGCGACUCUGGAAUGGACUUUUGAGAAGAAUUACUUUGACUUCAUCCACGCGAGAACACUCGCAGGCGCCAUCAAGGACUGGCCUGGUCUGCUCGGGCAGUGCUUCAACCACAUCAAGCCUGGGGGCCGAGUCGAGAUCUCCGAGGGCAGGCCAAACUUCUGGUGUGAUGACGACACCCUGACGGAGGAUACAGCAACGUACAAGUGGCUCACAGAGUUUCGGCGCCUUAGCGAACCUCUCGGGUUUGACAUUGCACCAAAGCUUCCGGAAAUGCUCAAGAACACGGGCUUUCAAGACGUUAAAUUCACACAAAAGAUUGUCCCUCUGGGGACCUGGCCUAAGGACCCCGUGCUCAAGGAGCUUGGGAGGUGGUUUCGAUACCAGUUCUUGAACAUGGCUCUCGAGGCCUACACCUUGGCCAUGUUCACCCGGAUGGGUAACUGGACCAACGAAGAGGUCCAGGUACUUUUGGCCUUGGUCAGGGAGGAACUCAAGACCAACCGGAUCCACGUCUAUACCUAUACGGCAUUUGUGACCGGCCAACGACCAGCGGCCUGA